UUUUGUGUGACACAGACCCCAAAGAUCUGUAAUUAUCCUGGGAUUGCUGUGGGGGUUUGCUUGCUUCUUCCUAGUUAUUUUGCCUGUGUGUGAGCACGUGUGCAUCUGUUUGUGCGUGUGAUCUUUCUCUUUCUUGGCUUUGUUGUCCCCCUUUGGCACCGGAGAUCUGGUGUGUGUGCUGGAGCGUGUGUGUAUGUGUGGGGGGUCUCAGCAGUGCCAAAAAAAAUCUGCUGAAGAGUCCGAGGGAGGCAGGCAGGGCUAUUUUUGUUCGAAGCUGAUACUUUUUGCAUGAGUUGAAGUCUCUGCCUGGAAGAGGGCUCAGGUUGUUUCCGGGGGGAGAACUGUGCAGAAGAGACCCAAAGUUCAACGAAGCCCCAAGAAGCAGCUAGAACAGCAAGAAAAAAGCAGGGGCCCCCCACAAGCGAACAGUGCACCCUCUGGCUGGGCCAGCUCCAGGACCCUGAAGCAUUCUUCAGACUACCAUCUUAACAGCACCUUUUCAAAUUGACUAACACUCACCCCUGCCACCAUGACUGAGAUCACAGCAGAAGGUCACACAUCUACAACCACCACUGUGAUAGAUGGCAAAAAUGGAUCUGUGCCCAGGACAUCUGGAAAAAUGCUGAAAAGAUCGGUGACAGAAGAUAUUGUUACAACGUUCAGCUCUCCAGCUGCAUGGCUUCUAGUUAUUGCUCUAAUCAUUACCUGGUCAGCUGUGGCUGUUGUCAUGUUUGAUCUAGUGGAUUACAAAAACUUUUCAGCAAGCUCUAUUUCCAAGAUUGGCUCUGACCCUCUAAAAAUUGUGCAUGAUGCUGUGGAAGAAACUACAGAUUGGAUCUAUGGAUUUUUUUCAUUGCUGUCUGAUAUCAUAUCUUCUGAAGAAGAAGAUGAUGACGACGAUGAUGAUGGAGUUGACACUGAUGAAGGAGAAGAAGAAGAAGAGCCUCCCUUGAAAAAAAAAGAAAUUCACAAAGAAAAGGCUGAAAAGCAGGAAAAACCUGAAAAGAAAAUAGCACCUAAAGUAACUCACAAGGAAAAACCUGAAAAAGAAAAACCAGAAAAGAAAGCAAGUCACAAGGACAAACCUGAGAAAAAAGAAAAAUCAGAAAUGAGAACACUACCCAAAGAUGAAAAGAAGAGUAAAAGCUCAAAAGCUGAAGAAAAGAGUAAGAAGGAAGUGAAAAGUGGAAAACCAGAGAAGGUGAAGCAAGCUGAUGCUAAAGCAAAGAAAGUGGAGAAAACACCAGCUAAACCCAAAGGCAAAGAAGAAAAAGGAACUGCAGCUGUUUCAAAAAAUGAACAGAAAGGUAAACAUUUCAAGGAGGAAGCAUCUGAAGAUUCUAAGAGAGUAGUGGGAAAGAAACAGAGACAAUGACAAUUAAAACUAAGACAGACCUAUAAUCAAACUUCAUGCAAGAAAAAUAAAGACUAAUAAAAGUAAAUCCCUAUGGGUCCUGAUAUCACUAACUGGAAUGCAAAACCUAAGGAUAAAAAUUUUACAUACAGCAAGAUGUAAAUAUGUACUUGCAACUAAAGAUUCAGUUUUUGAUAUGUUUCCUUCAACAUAAUUGAGCUGAAAGUUGUGGUUAUUGGUUUUACAGAAGCAAAUCUUGAGCUCUGGUGAUUAUUAUUAGAUGGGUGCUCAUGUGGUUGAUUUCUUUUUAACCUAUUCAUUCAUGGAGUCUAUUUAUUUGGAUCAGGUUUCAGAGAGGCAACCCCCCCCCCAACAACAAAAAAUCAAAUUAAAAGCAACCAAUCCUAUAAAACGUAUUUCUUAGAAUGAUUUGUCAACUAAAAUUUGGAAAACACAAUAUGCCUGGUUGUGACUACCAUAUAUUCUGCUAUCCCAAGUUUUAGAUGUAUAAAUUCAGUUUAAUGAAAAAAAGAUCAUAGGGGCAGCUAGGUGGCGCAGUGGAUAGAGCACCGUCCCUGGAGUGAGGAGUAGCUGAGUUCAAAUCCAACUUCAGUCACUUAACACUUACUAGGUGUGUGACCCUGGGCAAAUCACUUAACCCCAAUUGCCUCACUUUAAAAAAAAAAAAAGAUCAUAGCAUCUGUACAUGUACUAUAGUUGUCUCAAUUGUGCAACCUCUUUUAGUAGUACCAUUUGGGAAAUAUAUAACCUUAGGGAAAUAAUACAAUUUUUGUUUUGUUUUGGUUUUUUGUGGGGCAGUGAGGGUUAAGUGACUUACCCAAGGUCACACAGCUAGUAAAUGUCAAGUGUCUGAGGCUGGAUUUGAUCUCAGGUCUUCCUGAAUCCAAGGCCAGUGCUUUAUCCACCAAGCCACCUAGCUGCCCCCAAAUCAUCUAAUCUUAAAGGCAGCAAGAACUAAUAGAAGAAAACUUGAACUUUGGAUCCCUAUUCCAGUGACUCAUUUGAAGACCUUAGACUCUUGAGCUGCCUCAGUAUCCUCACUGUAAAACUUAGAAUCAUGAUACGUGGACAGCAAAAUGAUGUAAGGUAGAGAGAGUGAUCCUCAAAGUCAGAAUAUUCCAUUCCUACCUCUGGUACAACCCAGCCUGUGACCCUGGAAUAGUCACCUAAUCUCUCAAUUUACCAGACAGUAAUUUAAUACUAUAAAUUGCAGUUCAGGUGCUGGGUUCCAUUGUCAGAAAGAGUUUGUUCACUGGGAAUUCACUAUACCAAUGCAAUGACUGAUGGUAAUCUAUGAAGUAUCAUUCAUAUAAAGGCUUGAACUUCUUGGUAGAAUGGUGCUAUAUAAAUGCAAAGGAACAAGGUUGUUAGUAUACCUGUAAAAGCAGAGUAGUGGUAUUCUUCUGGUCCCAAAUGAUUCUGUCCUGAUUCCAACCCUAACUUCCAUUCCCUCUCUAUUCACUUGCCACAUAAACUCUCCAUUUCUCACACGGACAGUAAAAUUUUUGCUUUUAAAGCAGGGGUUCUCAAGCAGGAGUUCUUAAUUCAUGAACCUGGUUUUUUUUCAAAUAUUUUGAUAACUAUUUCAAUAUAAUUAGUUUCCUUUGAAAUCUUAUGUGUUUCAUUUAUUCACCAGACUGCCAAUCAGUUUCAAGAUACAAAUAAAGAUUAAGAACCCCUGAUCUAGAAUAUUCUAUGCUUUCAUAAGCAGCUUUCUAGUGUUUUGUUUUAAGGCAUUUCAAUAAAGUAUUCUGGGGGCAUAGGAGAAAAAAAAGAUCACCUUUUUGCUUCUUUUGAUUGUUUAAUGAGUUUUAUUUGAGGGCCGAUUUUCCCUUAGUUUUAGAUCGAAUAAAACAGUAAAAUAUAAAGCUUGGAGUUAAAUGUUGUUAAAGUAACAUUGCUAGUGACUAGUACAAUUUAGAGACUGAAACUCUGGAAAUUAAUGAGAUUCCAUCUCACUUUCUUGAAGAUGCAUCCUAUGAAAACAGCUGUGCAGUACAAAGUGGGAUGGUGAUUAGAUGCACCAAACUCCUGUCAUUUAUUUUAAAAACAAAACACUUUUUUCGUGAAUCCAUAAAUAAUAAUUUUAAGAUUUGAAAUGACCGUACAAAAGCACAAGAACAAAAGCAGCCCACCCAUUUCUCUAUUAGUCCUCUGUAAACCUUAAGGCAUUCGAAUUUUAUA